AUGACAUUCGCAAAGGACAUCCACACCUUUUACGACGGACAGCCACAGCCUGCCGCCUCGUCCUCCAGUGCGACAUUCCAGUCCAUCGACCCAGCCACCGCCCAGCCCCUCGCCACCAUCCACACCACCUCCUCGGCCCAGCUCGAUGCCGCCAUCAAGUCUGCCCAGGCCGCCUUCCCCGUCUGGUCGUCCAAAACGCCCGUCGAGCGCGCAAACAUCCUCCUGAAGGCCGCCGCCAUCCUGCGGGAACGCAACGACGACAUUGCCAAGACCGAGACGCUCGACACGGGCAAGGCGUGGAGCGAGACGCAGGCUGUUGACGUGGCUACCGGGGCCGACGUCCUCGAGUACUAUGCGCACUUUGUCGCUUCUGGCGGACUCGACGGCAAGACGACCGUAUUGAGGCCCGGGGCCGCUGUGCACACGUACAAGGCGCCCGUCGGCGUGUGUGCCGGAAUCGGGGCCUGGAACUAUCCCAUCCAGAUCGCGCUGUGGAAGUCUGCCGCCUGUCUCGCGGCCGGAAACGCCAUGGUCUACAAACCCUCCGAGGUCACACCCCUGCACGGCAACACGCUCGCUGCAAUCUACGCCGAGGCCGGUCUCCCACCUGGAACCUUCAACGUCGUCUAUGGCGACGGCAAGGUCGGCGCUGCGCUCGUCAGCCACCCCGCCAUCGCCAAGGUCAGCUUUACUGGCCAGGUCUCGACUGGAUCCAAGGUCGCCGCUGAGGCCGCCAAGGGCAUGAAGGGCGUCACGAUGGAGCUGGGCGGCAAGUCGCCGCUCGUCAUCCUCCCCGACGCGGACACGGACGAGGCCGCCGACGUCGCCAUGAUGGCCAACUUCUACAGCAGCGGACAGGUGUGUACGAACGGGACGCGGGUGUUUGUGCCCAAGUCGAGGCGGGGGGAGAUUGAGCGCGCGAUCCUUGCCCGGUGCCGGGACGGAAUCCGACUCGGCAUGCCGAUGGACGACGGCGUCAACAUGGGUCCCGUCGUGAGCAAGGCGCACAAGGAAAAGGUCGACGGCUACAUCAAGCACGGGAAGGAGGUCGACCGGGCCACGGUGCUGUAUGACGGUUCGGCGCAGAAACUCCCCAACAAGGAGGGAUACUGGGUUCAGCCCAUCGUGUUCACGGAUUGCACCGACUCGAUGCGGAUCGUGAAGGAGGAAAUUUUUGGUCCUGUCAUGGCCAUCCUGCCAUACGACGACUCGGGCUCGGACUGGCUCGAGACUCUCAUCGCUCGCGCCAACGACACGGAACUCGGACUCGCCGCUGGCGUUGUUUCUAAUGACCUUGCCAGGGCGUCAGAGGUCAUCUCCCGCAUCGACGCCGGCAUCACCUGGAUCAACACGUGGGGCGAGAGCCCCGCCGAAAUGCCCGUCGGAGGGUGGAAGAUGAGCGGGGUCGGGGUCGAGAACGGACACGAGGGCAUCAUGGCGUACACGCGGAACAAGAGCACGCUGGUCAGUUAUGAGAAGGGGGCGUGCGCGGGCGUGUUCUCGAAGCUUUGA